AUGUGCUUGAAGCAGGCGGAGUUCACUGAGAAGCAGAGAAGUCGUGUUUCCAGCCUGUGUCACAACCUUUGGGCAUGUGAAGAGGUCAAGGUCUGGUUCCAAAACCGCCGGACCAAACAGAAGAAGGACACCACGAAGGACUCGGACAAACGCUCCUCCUCCUCCAACGAGUCCUUGGCCACCUGUAACAUCCUGCGGCUCCUGGAGCAGGGCCGGCUCCUCUCGGGCCCCAUCCCGCCGCACAACUCCCUCCUGGGGCCCCACCCCUCCAACGGCUCCCUGCUGAGCAGCCCGGGCGGAUCCUCCACCUCUCAGGGGAUGGGCACUCCGCCCUCCUCCCUCGCAGGGGGGACUUUCGGGCUGUCGCUGCCCUCGCUGGGCGGCACACCCCCCUCACCCCGCCUGGGCGUCCCCUCCCAUCACUCCCUCUGCUUCUCCAUGCCGCUGCUGGGGGGCGCCCACCACGAACUGACAUCCGUCUACGGGUGCGGUUCUUCAGCUUUUGAGCCGUACAUGCGGCUGGACAGGAAGGAGGCGGAUCAUGGCGGGAAGAAGACGGUUUCUUAAGUCCUGCGACACCUGGAGACUCGUCCUCAGACCUCCACCCCUCAAAUCUGUUUUAACUCUUGACUUUCAGCAGAUUUGGGGGGAAAGAAAACAACCUGGAUCAUGUGAUCUAUGCGGCACCAUUUUGUUCCACUGUUGACACAAAAUGGUGAAAAGAUGGCGGGAUGGACGUGAUGUGACGGAGACUCUCCCACAUAAAAAAAAAAACGUGUGAAUUUUUGCAGGAAAUGCCGUGUGUGUGUUGCGUGAACCCUGACAGACAGAUGUUUUAUCCCCGCUCUCUUUGCAGUGGUUUCAGUGACUCUUCACUUUGUGUCCAGUGAGUUUGUGUGUGUGGUUUUCUCUCUCUAUACAGGCCUUAAUUUUACUGUUCAGGAAAAAAAAAAAAUACUUGACAUGGAUAGUUCAGACUGAAUCAGCGUCUGAAUAAGAGGAGCGAUAAUUCAAAGAAAGCAGUUUGUACACAUUUCAGUACAUAUUCCCGUACAAGUGGCCAUGUUUGAUUUGAGUUAAUGUGCUAUCACAAUAUGGAAGAAACACUGAAAAAAAAAAAAAAGAAUCGUAGCAUUUAAAUAUCAGUCUCUUUGGUGUCCAGCAGUAGUUUUAUGUAAAUUCUUUAUUUGGUUGUGUUUGUGUAUGAAAUAAUGUGGUAGGAUCUGGACAAAUGGUGCAAAACUCACAUAUCUAGAUCCCAUAGUUUUAAUAUAAAAGAACAUUAAGAAGGAUAAGUGUGUGAGGAAGCUGGUGAGACUCUGCCAAAGCA